AUGCAUGCUUUCAAGUCGUACCUCACGCCUGCCCGGGCGGCAGGCUCCGAGUCCAACAAAUCCACAAGGCAAUCGAAGCCGACUCCGUCGACACCACAGCACCGACAACAGUCUUCGGGUAACACCCUGCCUAUGCCGUCGAAUGCGACGCAGUCAUCCGAGAAGCCGGGGCCGUAUCGGAGCCAGAGCACCAGGACAUCCGCCAGGCAGUCCACCGUGAGCUUGGCUCUCACUGCUGGCAUGAGAGACAAGCAUGCGAGCAGCAUUAUCGAUCUCAGAGCUGAUGUAACGGUCCACGGCAUGUACCAGGAACAGCUGAGAAAGGGUUACGCAUCGGCAUGGAACCUGGGCGAGGGUAUCGUCCUCAAGAAGGGCCGCAAUGACUUCGUCUGCGCCCCUCCUCAGAUGCAGACUGUCCCCUAUGGAUUUUUUGACAUGGUUGGCCAGCUCAACGUCAGCUGUGCCAUGACAGUGAACACUCCUGUCAUCCAGUCCAUCAUACAAGGUCUUCUGAACAGCAGGGAGCCCAAGGACUCCGUUGCUCUGGAAGGAGGGUUGCAACUGCAGGUCCUUCCAAGGAUGACCGACUUGCCUAGAUGUCAGAAGCAUCAGUAUGCGGCUUUCGUCUUGGAUCCGCCUCUUCUGGUGGUAUGGGAUGACGAUCCGAACAAAAUUUUUGCUAGGCCGGAGAGUAUUGAGCAAAUGAUCAUUUCGAUGAUUUGGAAGACCGAUGAUGGCGAGGAAGAUGACGAGCCAAAGAACGAGAAGGCGAUCGACGUCAACAUAGAAGAGCUUUCCCCGGCAGCUCUUGAAGAGGCACUCAGGGCUGAGGUCCGCCCAGUCAGACUGACCAGCUCUAUGAUUGUCGCCCUGGCUCUGGGUCUGUCCAUUGCCUGCUUGGGUCUCGGCUACCGAAAUCUCGCAUUGCAAUCGACGAUCGACGGCGACUACACCCGUUGGGCGCUCGUUGCCGUCACGCCCGCCACGAUCUUUAUCUCCCUGUUCUUCUUCCUAACGAUAUCCACCAUCAUUUUUCAGUUGUUCGGCCCUAUAUCUGGGGUCAACGCCAACGCUAAGAACUAUUCUGGCAAACCACCUCGUCGGUUGAGCCCUAGUGCAGGCGAGCUUCCUCACGUCACGAUUCAGAUGCCUGUCUACAAGGAAGGCCUCAACUCUGUCAUCAAGCCUACAGUGCUUUCCCUCAAGGCUGCCAUCUCAACUUAUGAGAUGCAGGGGGGCACCGCAAACAUCCUGGUCAAUGAUGACGGUAUGCAGCUCAUCGAUGAGGAUGAGGCCCAGGCCCGCAGGGAAUUCUACGAGGAGCAUAACAUGGGAUGGACCGCCCGUCCUGGCCAUAACCCCAACGCCAAAAACUCCGGGGAGGAGCCGUUCAUCCGCAGAGGCCGGUUCAAAAAGGCCUCCAACAUGAACUAUGCCCUCAUGACUAGCAACAAAGUCGAGGAGAAGCUCCUGGAAAUCCAGCGCGGUAGCAAGUGGGGCCCGGAGAGCGAGGACCAAGUCUAUGCCCAGGCUCUCACCCAAGUCCUAGAGGAGUCCGAAGGUCGCACAUGGGCGGACGGCAACAUUCGAAUUGGCGACUACAUUCUGCUCAUCGACUCUGACACCCGUGUUCCCCGCGACUGCCUCCUCGACGCCGUCAGUGAGAUGGAAGCUUCUCCCGAGAUCGCCAUUCUCCAGUACACGUCUGGCGUUAUGAACGUUUCAGACUCCUUCUUCGAGAAGGCUGUCACUUGGUUCACACACAUGAUUUACAGUGCAAUCACGUUCGCUGUUGCAAAUGGAGACAUCUCGCCCUUUGUCGGUCACAACGCUGUCUUGCGGUGGUCGGCUCUUCAGGAUGCCGCGUCUUACUUUGACGAAGAGGAUGGCUAUGAGAAGUUCUGGUCCGAGUCCCACGUGUCUGAAGAUUUCGACAUGGCCCUGCGCCUUCAGACAGCCGGAUACACUAUCAGAUAUGGUGCCUACACUGGGGAUGGCUUCAAGGAGGGUGUCUCUCUGACGGUCUACGAUGAGUUGGCUCGUUGGGAGAAGUAUGCGUACGGCAGCAACGAGUUGAUCUUCCACCCUCUCCGCUUCUGGAUCACUCGCGGGCCCUUCACCCCCCUGUUCAAGAGAUUCCUCUUCUCCAAGAUUGCGUUCUACAGAAAGAUUACUAUCUUGGCCUAUGUUGGUACCUACUACGCCAUCGGAGCAUCUUGGCUUCUUACCCUGUUCAACUACUUCUACACUGGAUGGUUUUGGAAUCAGCUGGACAAGUACUAUCUUGAUUCAUUCGCCACCUAUUUCUCCAUCAUCAUCGUCUUCCCCCUCGUCGGCAAUUUCGCCUUGGCUAUCCUCCGCUACCGCCUUGGCCAGAAAUCACUCCUCGCAGCCUUAUGGGAAAACUACAAAUGGAUGCCUAUCUUUACCCUCUUCCUCGGCGGUAUCUCUCUUCACGUCUCGAGAGCGCUCCUUUGCCAUUUCUUCGAAAUCAACAUCCAGUGGGGUGCAACUUCCAAGGAGGUGGAGAACUGCAACUUCCUCGAGGAGAUACCCAAGAUUAUCAAGAAUUUUGCAGGCACAUUUUUCAUGUGCUUCGCCUUCACAGCGCUUGUGAUUUGUGGUUAUUUCGUCUUCCCAGAGCAGUGGCAGAUCAGAACCUUUGCGACCAUCUACCCGUUGUGCAGCGUCAUUGUUUGUCACUUUGCGGUGCCGGUCCUCCUCAACCCGGCGUUGAUGAAGUUCACUUUCUAA